GCUGCCGAAUAGGCAUAAAGUCGCCACGUAGUUUCUUCUUCAUGUUUGCCCAUUGGCUACCAGAGUGAGGACAGACAUUUUUCGGAAUAAACGUGAUACGUAAUUUACUGCACGAGAAGGACUUCAAAUCAGCCCGCAAGGGGCCACACUGAAAACCAAGUAGCAGGCAGACCCACAUUAUCUGGCACCACCAUCAUAAUAAUAGGUUAGAUAAUUACAAGUGUGUGACUUACUGUCGAGUUGAAGACCAUCACUUAGGAGGACCGCAUCACCAGGUAACUACAACAAAGAUGGGGAACAAUGCAAUCAAAGCCCAUCUGGAGAACUCACAGAAGACUGGGAUCUUUCAGCUGACAGGGAAAGGUCUUCCCGAGUUCCCAGAGGAGCUCCAGAGGUUGACUGGAAACCUGCGGACUGUAGAUCUGUCCUCCAACAAGAUCGAAGUGCUACCUGCUGCCAUAGGAAACUUCCUUCAGAUGAAGAGUCUGACUUUAAACUGUAAUAAACUCACAAGUCUCCCAGAUGAAAUUGGAAAGCUGAAGAAACUAGAGACUCUUUUGCUGAACGGGAACCACCUGACGCAGCUCCCUAUCACUGUAGGACAGCUGAAAGCGUUGCGCACCCUCAGCCUGUCAGGGAACAAAUUCCGGGAGUUUCCUGCUGGCCUUGGCUCCCUACGACACCUGGACGUUCUGGACCUGUCCAAGAACCACAUCCAGGCGGUGCCUGCUGAGGUGGCGGCCCUGCAGGCCAUUGAGAUCAAUCUCAACCAGAACCAGAUUUCAGUGGUGUCUGCAGAGGUGUCCACCUGCCAGAGGCUGAAGGUGCUGAGACUGGAGGAGAACUGUCUGGAGCUCACCUCCAUCCCUGUGUCCAUCCUCACCACCUCCCAGGUGUCCCUGCUCUCCGUGGAGGGCAACCUGUUCGAGGUGAAGAAUAUGCGUGACCUGGAAGGGUAUGAGAAGUACAUGGAGCGCUUCACUGCAACCAAAAAGAAAUUUGCCUGAACAAUAGAAAGAGAGCAUCCCCCUGAGUCCAGCUUGUGAUCUACCCUCAAGCACCCUCUCUAAGUGGUUGUGGUGUACUACAGUAAAUAUGGCUUCUGCACUGCUGCGGCAACAGGUUACAACGGAGAAGGACCACUGUAGAGAAGAACUGAUCGAGAGCAUGCUACAGGACUGCGUAUGAAAACAACAGGACACCAUUGAUGGUGACAGAGAAAUAUGUGAACGAUGGACAGUGCACUCACUUUAAUGAUAUUCAUAAAUUGCAUAUUGAAUACUUAGCUAUUAAUUUCUGACCGAAAUGUUGUCUUUAGUUAUUUAACCGAAGCAGGUUAUGCUUGUAGUACAUUCGUGGCCAAAAGUUUUGAGAAUGACACAAAUAUUUAUUUUCACAAAGUCUGCUGCCUCAGUGUCUUAAGAUAUUUUUGUCAGAUGUUACUAUGGAAUA